CAAAACAUUUAUUAAGACCUACGGACAAACAACAAGCAAACAAAAUAAAUAAAUAAAAAUAAAUAAACAAAACAGAUUGCUAAUUUAUCAAGAGUCUGUCACCACCACCACCACCACCACCACCACCACCACCACAACCAUCAAAUAGAGACCAGAAAUACAGCAAGAAUUCACAGCAACGUGAUAAUAAACAGCAUCACAGCAAAUCCAGAAUCACAUUAAGAAUUCACAGCAACGCUACAGCAGAGGAUACAAAAAAUAAAUGAAUGAAUAAACAGCAUCACAGCAUCACAGCAAAACUACGGAAUUAUUUAGACAAGACACGAUACGCUGAGAGGAAAAAAGAAGACACACCACCUCUAUCAGUGUAUCCUCGUGUCACUGUAUCACUGUGUCACUGUAUCACUGUGUUGCAGCCUCGUUUUCAGCACCAGUGGAAAAAAAUAUCAAAAAGUGACUCAUAAUUUUUUCCUUUUUAAUUUUGUUUUUUAAGAGGAAGACAGACAGACACACAGACAGACAGACAAAGAGGAAAAAAGGAAGAGGACAACACAACGACACGCUAAUCCCUUGAGUUCACAGCAAAGCCCUUAUCUCCUCCUCCUCCUCCUCCUCCUCCUCCUCCUCCUCCUCCUCCUCGUCCUCCUCCUCCUCCUGCAAUCAAGUCUCAGCGAGGAAGAGUGAGGCUCUUCCAAGAUGGCCACGUGGAGCAGCAAGUCGGCUCUUCACGGUAUGGCGAGCAGUGAGAGUGACUCCAUCUUCUCCUCUCCCUCCUCUCCCUCCACCUCUCCCCCCGCCACGCCCUCUCCCACGCUGGAUGAGUGCAUGGAUGACAGCGGCUACCAGGACUGGAUGGAGAUGCAGCUGGGCGCCACGGGGGACAUGACAGUGGUGGAGAGGCUGCAGUACCUUCUAGACACAGGACAGUUUGCAGAUAUUAAUAUUCGUGUCGGACAGGGGAAUAAUGCUGCUCUGUUUAAGGCUCACCGUCUCCUGCUGGCCACUGCGAGUCAGCCCCUCUAUCGCCUGGUGCAACAAGGCGUCCCCAGCCCAGGCACAGCUGACAUGUUUACCCUCAGAAUUACAGACAUAAAACCUGCUGACUUUGAGAGCAUCUUGAAGUACAUCUACACGGACAGAGUGGAGUGUGAGAACAUCAACGUGGCAUUUGGUCUCCUCCGCGCCAGCAGGAAAUGGGGACUAGCUGGCCUGGGCAUCAAAUCCUUAACUUACCUUGAAGAAUUCGUCGACACCUUCACCCCAAGCACUGACGAGGCUAAGAACAACCUUUUUGACUUGCUGGCUUUAUCUGAGGACACGCUGGCUGACCUUAAUUCCAAGUGUUACCAGAUCAUUUUAAAACACGCAGAAGAGCUCAUACCAUGCCACGGGUACCUUAAUCUCGACAAGGCGAUGGUUGAGAAGGUCCUGUGUCACCCUAAUCUCAAAAUCGAGGACCAGCUUAAGCUUUUCGAGGCCAUAAGAGACUGGGGGCUCCAUUACCUUGAGCAGCAGAACCUUCCUCUCUCAGCCCUUGGUUCUGCUGUGGAAGAAAUCAUCAAGGUCGUGGAUUUUGAGAAGAUAACUGAUGCUGACUUCCUCGGUACUGUGCUGACGUCAGAGUGUUUGGGCAAAGCUGAGGUCAUUGCCUUCUUCAUGACUCACGGUCUGGAGAUCCCUCGUAAACUGGAUUUCAACAAUAAUAAAGAGCUUCCUUUUUGGCUUACUUUUUGCGCCACAAGCGGAAAGACAAAGGGAGGAACCGCCAAGGGAGCAGGUCGGAUCUCCAAGCGCUCUUCCAUCUCCUCCUCCUCCUCCUCUCCCUCCUCCCUCGCCCCUGUCAGUGAGGGAUUGAACAGUAUCUGCUCCCUCACCCAGAACGGGGCUGUUAUGGAGUUUAACAAGGUGUGUCGGUUCAAGAAGGGAUACAGGUGUCAGCCCAAUGAGAUCUACAUGCAACACGAGCUGAGGUUCCGCGUGGACAAGAAUGUGAAGCUCCUGGGAGUGAGUUUUGGUUUCUUGUUCACCCCGACAGACAUGGGACUCAAUAUUCACUGUCAAGGUCCGUGGGAGACAAGACAGUGGACCGACAUUAUUCAGUCGUAUGUGCGUGUGUCGGGCGAGAAGCAGGAGACAGCUGACGUGCGCCUCAUGUUCCUGCACCCCGUCAGGAUAGAAGCCAACCAGAGCUACAAGGUUGUGGUGAAGAUGGUGCGGAUGAGUCACGGCAGCAAUGAGGUGGAGCUGUGGGGCGGCACGGGCGGCGUGCGAUGCGUGGAGACGGAGGACGCUGAGUUCCACUUCAUCAAGGCGGCGGUGGACCCUGACAAGCCCGUGGAGGAGUCUGACGGGGACACCGCCGCGAGCGUCAUCACGGCGCUGCUCUACCGCCUCGACACCGACGAGCCCGACCCAGACCCCGCCCCCGUCAGGCGCCGCCGUCCCGUGCAGGCCGAGGAGGAGGCCGUCCCCGUGGAGACCUCCAACCCCUGGCGCACCCGCUCCCGCCCAGACUCCCUCAGGCUGCCAGACACACCCUACGCUAGGAAACGCUCCCCCGCCACGGACGACGUCAAGUCCAUCGAGGCGCCGCCCCCCGCCAGGAGGAGGGAGCGACCGCCAACUGAGGAGUACGUGCCCUCUACCUUCUCCACCAACCGCUGGAGGAUAAGACCCAAGGAGGAGAAGGAGGAGAAGCCCUCCAGUGACGACUACCUCCCCAGCACCUUCUCCACCAACCGCUGGGCCAGGCCGCGCCCCAAGGAGGACGCCGCCGAUACCGCCAAGACGCCCACUGACCGCACCAACCCCUCCAGUGACGACUACCGCCCCUCCUCCUUCUCCACCAACCGCUGGCAGCGCACCCGCCUCAAGGACGACGCCGCCGACACCACCAAGGCGCACACCGAGAGGAAGACCUCCGCGCCCGAGGACUACCGCCCCUCCAGCUUCUCCACCAACCGCUGGGCGCGCCCCGGCGAGGACAAGGCAGAGAGGAAGACCUCCGCCCCGGAGCAGUCCACCUCCUCCUUGUCCACCUUCACCUCACCUUCAUCCUCCUCCUCCUUCACGUCUCCAUCCACCUCCACCUCCUUUUCCUCCUCCUCCUUCUCCACCCCUUCCUUCUCCUCAGCAUCCUCCUCCUCUCCUGCUACUGCCACCACCACCACCACCGCCACCACGUCCUCCUCCACCUCCAGCGGCCGCUGGCGGAGCAGGCCCAAGGAGGAAGACUCCACGACCACAGACACAUCCCGCAGGACCUCCACUGAGGAGAACAAGUGGAGGACGCGGCCCAAGGACGACACCAAGGACACGCCCUUCGGUGUGCGCGUGCGCCCCACCAGGAAGGUGGAGGAGGCGCCCUCCAUCCACCCCUUCGCGCGGCGUCGCGAGUCUCGAGACACAAAGUCUGAGAUUCCCUUCUACCUGCGCAAGACUGAGGACCCCAAGCCCUCCACCACCACCUCCACCUCCACCUCCCUGGGCAGGAACAGGUGGGGGGCCUCCAGCUCCUCCUCCUCCUCCUCCACCCCUGCCUCUUCCUCGCUUUCCUCCUCCUCCUCCUCCACCUCCACGUCCGCCUCCUCCAGCAAGCCGUCCGGGGAGACAACCUUCCACAGCAGGUUCCUGCGCUCCAGCGGCGCCUCCUCCUCGCCAUACACGUCCUCGCGCUUCGGCUCAGUGCGGGAGUCUUCCCUUACCCGCUCCUCCCUGCCACGCUCCACCGCUGGCUCCUACCUCAGCAGGUACGGCUCACCUGCUGACUCUUCCUCUAGCAGGGCCGCCGCCACCACUACUAGCAGCAGCAGCAGCAGCAGCAGCAGGGCUGGCGGCGAGGAGGGGCGCGCCUCCUCCCCGGCCGCCGCCCGGAAGAGCCUCCGCUACGGCACCGCCGCUACCAGCUCGGGCAGCAACCUGCUGGCGCUCAGCUCCAGCUCCUUCGGCCUGACCGGCGGCAGCGGCAGUGCCCGCGCCACGCCGCGCCGCGACGCUGCCACACCCACAGGUAGUAGGACCGCAGACAGGUACAGUGGCACCACCACCUCCACCACCAGGUACGGUAGCAGCGGUACAACGCCGGGUAGUACUAGCGCAAGCAGGUACGGCAGCAGCAGCAGCAGCAGUAGGUACGGCAGCGCGGGCAGCGGCAGCAGCCUGUACGGCGGCACGAGUGGCGUGGGCACCUCCAGCAGGUACGGCGGGGCGAGCUCCUCCCUCAGUAACCUGCCGCCCACGCCCUCGGCCACCGCCAGCAGGUACUCGUCCAGGGGCACCACAGACACGCUGGGAGGCGCGGGACGGUACACCAGCAGCGGGGCCUCUUCCGGUACCAGCAGGUACACGGGAGACGCCUCCAGGGCCAGCGGUAUGUCGCCCUACACCAGUACCUCCUCGGGGGGCUCGGGGCAGGCCAGCAGGUACGGCCUGUCCGCUUCCUCCAGGUACUCCAGGUAGACCCGCCCCGAGGCAGGCCGCGAGGCAGUGACUCUCGCCGUGCCCCAGGUUAACACGUGUCUGCACAGGGCCCGGUGCCGUGCAGACCCGGGGCUGAGGGCGCGGCAGGACGGGGGUUGGGUGGGAGGCAGUGUUGGUUGUUGUCGGCACGGCAGACACAGUGAAGGGUGUUGCCACAGCCACAGCACACAACACAGCCUUGUAUUGGUUUGUCUGUAGUGACUCAGCACCUAGCCACCAGUAAAUGAGCACUUAGGCUCCAAGCACCCUAGUCUCCAGUAGUGCCGGUGCUGAGACUCUCCAGCACCGUGGUGAGCUGAGCUAGGAAGGUGACUCUCUUGAUUGGUAACAGUGCAUAUGUAGUCCCUCACCUCAGCUGAUUAUUAUCCCAGUAUUACACAGGCAGGUAGCUGUAGACCCUGUGUGUGUGUGUGUGUGUGUGUGUGUGUGUGUGUGUGUGUGUGUGUGUGUGUGUGUGUGUGUGUUGCAAGGUAAACUCUCAACAGCUGACGCAUAAACACCUGCACAUCUACA